ACAUGGAGUUAUGGAUGAGUUAUGAGUUCUAGAUGGAUAGUUUGGAGUGAUCUAGCCGGAUUUUUUAUCAAGCAAGUCUACUCGGCCUCCGUCCAGGGCUCACAACAUUCCACAAACCCUCCUCGUCACAUCAUCGUCACCAAUUCUUGUAUUUCUUAUCUAGUUCAUAUCCUCGUCCAAUACCCGAGUUAUCAAAAGCAACGCAUCCAGAUCAGGACAUGGCGAAAACGACAUGAACUCAUAGUGUAUCAAUUUUUUUGGGGGCCACCUGAGCUGCUAAAUCAUCCUCAGGGCCGGCCUUGCACUCAGCCUAUUUGGUCUUGUUUCAUUAGAGAUGAAGAUCCCCAACCUGUGACCAUGCUGCCGAUAAUGGGGUGACCCCGAAAUAUAUAAUUGCCGUUGCCGCGAGGGAACUCGGGAAACAGCAUUGGUUGACACUUGACGUGGAUAGAAUGCUAACUAUAAACCCCACCUGCUCCUGUCAUGGAGAAUCAUUGGAAGACGAACGGAAGAACCGAUGACUAAAUAUAUAUACCCGCAGACCCAUUGCCGCCGCAAGAACCAUGGUUGCGCGGUGGUACUAUUAGGUGCAACCCCUGGAUUAUUUUUUUUUGAGGAUUCUGUAUGGAAGAUGGAUGAUUACGGAGUGAAUAUAUUGUAGGGAUAGAUAGAUGAAUAUGGACUUGAAGAAUAGACUCGGAGAAUUGGAGACUGGUACGGGAUAGUGUUGAUUAUCAAUUGAAUAAUUGCUCCAGGGACCAAAUUGAUACGUCCCUUGUCUGGGGAAGGAGAGGACGAGUAACCAUGGAACAGUGGACAUGUUCGAGGAUGAUCGGUUAGAG